CUUCGGAGGAAAUGCGACUAGAAUGAUUUACUCCAGGCAAUCUAUCGGGAUACUAAUUUUAAUUUGUGUAUUUUGCAGGUUAAAAUGUGAAUUUGAAGAUGAUGGAAAUAAUCAACAAAAAAGUGUCAGUAGUGACCAGCCGAGAGUUAUUUCAAAAAAUGGCAAUUUGAUAUUUCAAACUGGCAAUCUAAGGAAUAUUGAAUUCAAGACAUCAGCACUUGGGAAGAUUAAACUAAAUAACAAUGACCUUGAACAAUUAUUUAUGCAGAUUAGGAAAAAUAAAGAUGACAUUGCAGAACUAAGAACUACUGAAGUUCAAAGCCUUCAGAAUGUUUCUUAUCAAAUCAAUCAGCUGAACAAAAGGAUAUCAGAGCUUGAAGUUCUUAUUCAGAAUAUACAAACACUGUUACAAAGACAUCCAUGCUUGAGCAACCCUUGUCAAAAUGAUGGAAUAUGUCUGAAUCUCAUGGACUCUUUCUUCUGUCUCUGUCCAAACAACUGGAAGGGACCUACUUGUUCUGAUGAUGUAAACGAAUGUGAGGUCUAUGCAGGCUCAUCCCUAGCCUGCCAGAAUGGAGGGACGUGCAUUAACACAGAAGGCAGCUACAGCUGUACCUGUGCUCCCGAAUGGUAUGGUCCACAAUGUACUUCCAAACAUGAUGAUUGCCUAGAUGGCUUGCAAACAAAAUGUGAACAUGGCAUCUGCAUUGAUUUAAACAGGGUUCAGCCAAAUAAGACCAAGUACCAUUGCAUCUGUGAAGCAGGGUGGAGUCAGCCUACUGCAGGUUCAGCCUGUAGUUCUGAUAUUGAUGAAUGUAGCCUUCCUGUACAACCCUGCUCAACAAAUCCACCAGUGGCAUGCUUCAAUUCCCCAGGUUCUUACACUUGUGGGAGCUGCCCAGCAGGCUGGUCAGGAGAUGGUCACAGUUGCCAGGAUAUUGAUGAGUGCAAAACCAAUAAUGGAGAAUGUUCUCAAGCUCCAAUUGUUCAAUGCAUUAAUACAAUGGGAUCUUACCAUUGUGGUUCAUGUCCAGCCAGCUAUCAAGGUGAUGGGAAAAACUGCACCCUCAUCGAUGUAUGCUCAGUGAACAAUGGAGGAUGUCAUCACUUUGCAUCAUGUUCUUACAAUCCAGGUACCAUCUUUCCUAAUUGCACUUGUCCAGCUGAUUAUUUUGGAAAUGGUUAUGGAGUCAAUGGCUGCAUUCCUCUGAUUGAUCUUUGCCAACGCAGCAAUCCAUGUGUGAAUGGGCAAUGUUUUGCCAUAUUUUCAAGUUACAUAUGCAUUUGCCAUCCAGGAUGGACUGGCACCCAUUGUACUCAGAAUAUUGAUGAGUGUGCCAGUAACCCAUGCAAGAAUGGAGGAAACUGUACUGACGGCAUCAAUGGUUACUCUUGUACUUGCACGCAAGACUGGACAGGACCAGAGUGCCAGAUGCCACAAGUCUGUAGCAGUCAUCUCAAUGAAACUUAUGGUGUUAUAAGUUCACCGGGUUAUCCAGGCAACUACCCACCCUACACAGACUGCUUUUGGACCAUUUCAGUCAACCCCAACUUUCUGAUUAAUUUUUCUUUUGGACUCCUUCACAUUGAACACCAUGAGGAUUGCAGCUUUGACUACCUAGAGAUUAGAGAUGGACUGCUGGACCAGGAUCCCAUCCUUCGCAAAUACUGUGGCAAUGAAAGCCCUCCCCCUCUCCUGACAUCUGGCCCUACUGCACGGAUCCAUUUCCACAGUGACAAAAGUAACAGUGGACAAGGGUUUUAUGUCACAUACAUUGCAUUACCUGCUGAACCUGGCUGCGGAGGAACAUAUGGAGACAGUGAAGGAAUUCUUACUUCUCCCAAAUGGCCUCAUCCAUAUCCCAGCAGCAAACAGUGCAUCUAUGUUAUAGAGCAGCCCACAGGAGAGCACAUUCUUCUUCAAUUCACACAUAUGGAUUUGGAACUCCAUGACAACUGUUCCUUGGACUAUAUAGAGGUUCAUGAUGGUGAAGCAGAGACAGAUCAUCUAAUUGGAAAAUUCUGUGGUACUGAAGCCCCAGCUCCCAUUAUGACAAGUGGCAAUAAAUUGUGGCUUAAAUUUAAAACAAAUGUUUCUGUCACAAGAAAAGGUUUUGUGGCUGUAUAUAAAAUCGCAUGUGGUGGCACUCUUUAUAAUAAAGGAGUGAUUCAGUCACCUUACUAUCCUGAACUGUACCCGCAUGACAGGAGCUGUGAAUGGAUUAUCACCCAACCUGAAGGACAAGUAGUUUCCCUCAAGUUCAUUUCCUUUGAUGUUGAGGAAGCUGUAAACUGUAGCCAUGACUAUUUAGAGAUCAGAGAUGGUGCUACUGUAGAUUCUCCACUCAUUGGAAAAUAUUGUGGGGGUGUGCUUCCACCACCGAUACAGUCAGUACAGACAUCAAUGUACAUCAUGUUUAAGAUGGAUUCUAAAAAGGCUAAUAAUACUGGAUUUCAAGCUGAGUAUGAACCUGCCAAGAAAGGAUGUGGUGAGGUUCUGAUACAAUCAAUAGGUACGAUUACAAGUCCUGGAUAUCCUGCAGGUUAUCCACAUGGUGGCAAAUGUAUCUGGUAUAUUUCAGUUCAGGCUGGACAUGUUAUCCACUUGACAUUCAUCUCCUUUAAUACUGAAUUUAGCAUGAACUGCAGCAAGGAUUACAUCGAAGUGUACGAUAGUAGUAUUAAUUUCGACAGACCAAUAGGAAGGUAUUGCGGAAGGUCUGUCCCUCCUUCUAUAACCAGCAGUGGCAAUUUGAUGAGACUUCUUUUUGUGACUAAUUCAAACACAUCAAGUAACGGAUUCCUAGCAACGUAUGAUUCCCUUGACACAUCAAAGGUAUGUAGGAAGGAAUUCUUUGAAUCCACUGGCACAUUUACAUCUCCAAACUAUCCAAGUGGCUUCUCCAUUUAUCGAGAAUGUAUCUACAUAAUUACUGUGGAAGACAACAAGCAAAUUCGGCUCAACUUUACUGACUUCAAAGUGGAAGGAUAUCAGACUUGUACUUCUGCCUAUGUUGAAAUUAGAAAUGGUGGAUAUGAAACAUCUCCCUUGGUUGGUCAGUACUGUAGUGCAAAAGCCCCACCGCUCAUCAUAUCCCACAGCAAUAGACUAUGGAUUAAAUUAAAAUCAGACAAUAUUUUUGAAUACCAUGCAUUCAUGGCUUACUGGGAUGGUAAUUCUACAGGCUGUGGAGGUACCUUCACAACAGCAACUGGUAGUUUUACCUCCCCUAAUUUUCCAAUGCCAUAUUCAAAUAAUGCAGAAUGCCACUGGCUAAUUCAAACCAGUGAAGGAAGUGUGAUUGAGCUACAAUUUGAACAAUUCCAUUUGGAUUCCAGCACUGGAUGCAUGACUGAUUAUUUAUCUGUUUAUAAUGGAAUAAAUACAAAUUCUCAGAUUUUGGCCAAAUUGUGUGGUAAUCAGACUCCAUCACCAAUCCUCUCUUCCAAAAAUAACAUGUACAUAAAACUCCAAACUGACAGUUCAGUAACAGCAGGAGGAUUUUUUGCUAAAUAUAGACACAUUUGCCAAAGUGUAAUCAUUGCAAAUCAUAGCAAGGGGAUUUUGGAAAGUACAAACUUUCCUCAGCCUUAUCCGCCUAACCAAGACUGCAACUGGACUAUACAGGCAACAGCUGGGAGCACAAUCAAUUACACCUUCACUGCCUUCAACCUGAACUUUAACGAUUGUAAUUCAACUUGGCUUAAGCUAUAUGAUGGACCCAGUGCCCAGUCUCAUCUUAUCGGUACUUUCUGUGGGAAUACUUUGCCGCCAUCAGGAAGAGCCUCUGGUACCAGUCUGCAUGUGGCAUUUCACUCAGAGUCCAGUUUUCCAGGCAAUGGAUUCCAGAUGUUGUGGUUUCAGAAUGGUUGUGGUGGGAUUGUUACAGCCCCAAAAGGAGAGAUCCACUCACCAAACUACCCUCAUCCUUAUGGGAUUAACGUGGAUUGUUCCUGGGUCAUCAGUGUGGAUAAAUACUACAGCAUUUUCCUCAACUUUUUGGACUUUGACCUUGGAGAUCAAGAAUCAUGUAAUUUUGACUAUGUAGCUGUUUAUGAUGGUUCAAACGAAGGAUCCCCCAUGUUGAAAAAGCUGUGUGGAAACAUAGUUCCAGAAGGGAUCACCUCCAGUCACAAUGUAGCCCAUGUACAUUUCCGCUCACAAAACAGUCAUAACCACAGAGGGUUCAGGGUGCAGUUUAAUCAAGUGUGUGGGUCCUAUAUUGUUACCAAUGAUACUGGUGGAGCUAUAACAUCACCUCGAUAUCCCAACAACUAUUUAGACAAUCAGAACUGCAGCUGGAUAAUUCAAGCCCAGAAACCAUUUAAGCAUGUUACAAUCUCAUUCACUGACUUUGCAAUUGAGAACAAUGUGGCAGACUGUUCAGCAGACGUUUUGCAAAUCCUGGAUGGAGACAACCUUGCGGCACCUUCAGUUGGUCGUUACUGUGGAAAUACAAUCCCUGAUCCAAUCACAUCAUCCAGUAAUGCCUUAUUUGUCAAUUUCAUCUCUAAUGAUGUCAUCUCAUUCAGAGGCUUCCGAGCAACCUAUGCCGCAUCAGCAUCAGCCUGUGGUGGGACGUUUCACAUGCAAUCUGGAGCUUUCAGUAGUCCUAACUACCCUGAAAACUAUCCAUCCAAUAGUGAAUGCAUCUGGUAUAUCAUCAGCUCUCCUGGUAAUCGUGUCCAAAUCUCCUUCAUAAAUUUUGAUAUUGGAAAUAGCUUAAACUGUUCCUUGGAUUAUGUUGAAAUUCGAGAAAUGAAUGCCACCGGAGAACUAAUUGGACGUUUCUGUGGCUCUCCUUUACCUGAAAAUUGUACUUCAGUUGUUGGACACAUACUGUGGGUAAAAUUUGUUUCUGGUCCAUCAUCGAAGCAUUCCGGAUUCAGUGCCAUUUUUUCUCAUUUGUAUGGCAAUGAAAUUGUGGGCAUCCAAGGGCAAAUUGCAUCUCCAUUAUGGCCACUGUAUUAUCCACACAAUGUCAACUACCACUGGACAAUUGCUGCUCCAGAAUUCUAUAUCAUCCAUGCCAGAGUUCAAGAGUUGGAUAUCGAUGCACUUCAUGAAUGCAGAUUUGAUAAGUUAUUGUUCUAUGAUGGUCCCAAUAUCCAUGCACGUCUUAUUGGAAAAUUCUGUGGCUCUGAACUGCCUCCAGCUGUGUCCUCCACUGGAAGCACCCUAACAGUUCAGUUUAUCAGUGACUCAACAAUAACUGGGAAAGGUUUCCUGAUUGAAUGGUUUGCAGUGAGAUAUAUUGCCGACCCAACAGCAACACCAACUCUCCAACCUGGUUCAUGUGGUGGAGUUGUUGUGGCUGGGGAGAGCCCGACCUUCCUUUUCUCACCAGACUGGCCCAGUAAUUACGGAGCACACUUGGACUGCGCUUGGAUCAUUUGGGCACCACAGAGCACAGUAGAAUUCAACAUUUUGGCUCUAGAUAUUGAGCUAGAUACACAUUGUAAAUAUGAUAAGCUAGUCAUCAGGGAUGGUGACAAUAACCUCUCUCCAAUACUUGCCACUUUGUGUGGCACGGUGUUACCCGGAACCCUUCGGUCAACUGGUGAAGCAAUGUUCCUUCGAUUCACAUCUGAUGAAGAAUCGAGUGGUGGCGGAUUCAAUGCUUCUUAUCAUAAGACAUGUGGAGGCCAUGUUACUGCUGAUCAUGGUGUUAUUACUUCACCCUACUAUCCUCACGCAUAUACUCCAAACCUAAACUGCACUUGGCGUGUUGAUGUCACCAGUGGGUUUAUUAUUGCUAUCCAUUUCAAUCAGCCAUUCCAGAUUAAAGGUUCUGGCACAAACUGCACACAUGGUGAUUAUUUAGAAUUCAAGAAUGGACCUGAUAAGUCUUCCCCACCUUUAACCUCCCAUAAAGGGAUCGGACGCUAUUGUGGUGAGAGUCCCCCUACCAUUAUGCACACCACAGACAAUCAACUCUUUGUGCACUUCAUUUCUGAUGAAAGUAAUGAGGGACAUGGAUUCAAGUUCACUUAUGAUGCUUCAAAUCUUGCUUGUGGUGGAAACAUUUUUAUUUCUGAUUUUGAUGAUAUUGGGUAUAUUACCUCAAUGAAUUACCCCAAUAAUUAUUCAGAGGACAUAGACUGUAUCUGGACUAUCACUGUUCGAAGUGGUGAUACAGUUCAACUUGAUUUCGACAGUGAUUUCUACAUUGAAAAUCAUCCUGAAUGCGACUUGGAUUACCUGGAGCUGCGUGAUGGAGCUAAUUCAGAUGCUCCACUGAUUGGGCACUUCUGUGGAUCUACUAAGCCAUCUACUCAAAGAUCUACAGGCAGAGUCAUGUAUGUGAGAUUCCAAACUAACAGCGCUUUGAACUAUGUGGGAUUCAAAGCCAAAUAUUCAAUAGAAUGUGGAGGUGAAAUAACUGCAGAGACGGGAACUAUCAGCUCUCCAAACUACCCACACUUUUACCCUCACAGUCGUAAAUGUCAAUGGAGAAUUACUGUGCAAGUUGGACGGAGAGUGACACUAACCUUCAAUGAUCUUCGACUGGAAAUGCAUCAUAAUUGCAACAAUGAUUAUGUUGGUAUAUACAAUGGACUUCAUUCCAAUUCUCCCAGAUUGCAGAAAUAUUGUGGCAUUGUUGAGAGUGGCACACAAGUGAAAUCAUCCGGAAAUACCAUGCGAGUUGUUUUUGUAACUGACAAGUCAACUUCAAAUAGAGGGUUUAAUGCAACAUAUACUUCAGAGGAGGAAGCAGUGUGUGGAAGUACCUCAACGGACGCACAUGCUGGGUACUUAAGUUCUCCAGGGUUUGAUGGUGUAUCCAACUACGGAAAUAACCUUAACUGUGAAUGGGUCAUCCAGAAUUCCCGCAUUGCAAAUUCUUCCAUUUAUAUAGAGUUCACCAAUUUUCACAUUGGACAUCAGCAAACUUGCCAACAAGACUACAUUGAAAUCCGAAUUGGAGAUUCUAAUGGCGAUUUACUUGCCAAGCUUUGUGGACAGACUGCUCCAAGUCCACUGCUGAUCCCCUUCACCCAAUUAUGGAUUCACUUCAUAUCUGAUUCAACUGGGCAAGAUCUCGGUUUUAUUGCCAAAUAUAGCUUCACGGAAUGUGGUGGCAUUCAGAAUGGGGAAAAUGGAUUCAUUUCAAGUCCCAACUUCCCAUCGUCAUACAGUCCUUUGACCCACUGCGCGUGGAUGCUGGAAGCCCCAGAAGGGCACACCAUAAAUCUGAGCUUCAGUUACUUCAAUUUGACAUGUGGCUGGGACUCUUUUACAAUUUUGAAUGGUGGUUCCUUCGACUCACAAGUCAUAGGCCAUUAUUGUGGCACCGUUCCAGCUGAAGCAAUUGAAUCUGGCUCAAACAAGCUAUCCAUCAUCUUUAAUUCUAACUACAGCAUGCAACAUGGCAGUUUCCUCGCCACCUGGAAGUCUGAUCCACUAGAUAAGAGGAACAAUGACGGUUGUGGUGGCUUUGUUCACGCAGAGACUGGCUCUUUCAAAUCACCAAACUGGCCACAGAGAUUUCCUGAUAACAGUGAAUGUACAUGGAGGAUUACAGUCCAAGAGAGCAAUCACCUUGAGAUUACUUUUGAUGAGAAUUUCCAGAUUCCAGAUAGCACAAAUAUCUGUGAGGCCAGCUAUGUGAAGAUCUGGGGAGGAAUUUCUGAAAUUGAUGAAACCUUGUUGGCGACUUUUUGUGGAACCUCUCCUCCACCUCGCCCUGUCAUUGCACCAGCUAAUAUUGUGACAGUCCGAUUUCAGUCUAAAGGCAGCCCUGGAAUUGGCUUCUCAGCAUCCUACACCAGCAGAUGUGGGGCCAAUUUUACUGCUCCUGCGGGACGCGUCAUGUCGCCCAACUACCCAGGCCAUUAUGACUCUAACCUAAACUGUGAAUACUUGAUCAAUGCUACCAGUCAUCAGCUCACUGUUCUACAAUUUGAGGCAUUCAAUGUAGAAGAUGAUUCGGUAUGUGCCAAUGAUAAUUUGAAGAUAUACAGUGGGACUACAGCAAAUGGAGCUCCUGUUGCUACUCUUUGCGGUUCUGUUAUCCCUGGUCCAAUCAGUGUCCACGGCGCAAUGCUAUUGAUCUUCAGCACCGACAGUAUUAAUACACAUCCUGGAUUUGUGGCAAACUAUCAUUUAGCCUAUGAGUAAUCUAUUGUGGAAUUACCCAUACAAUUGUACAAAAUUCUUGCUUUAUUUUUAGGAAAUGAACUCCCUAUAUUGUUUUAAAAAAGUGCUUUUUUAAUCUGCAAAUGCUACUUUGCCUCUGUAACCAAGAGAAAGGAACCAUGCUUGCAUCUUUAAGUUCAAAGUUCAUACCGUAUAUGUCACCAUCUACAACUCAGAGAUGCAUUUUCUUGUGGACGUACUCAGUAAAUCCAAUAUCCACAAUAAUCAAUGAAAGACUGUUCAUCCGUUGGUGCAAUCAAUGUGCAAAUACAAAAAGGAAGAAAAAUAAAUAAUAAUAAUAAAUAAGCAAUAAAUAUCAA